AUGGCGACACAGAAUGUAUUGGAUAUAAAGUUAAAGAAGAUUGAUAAGAUAUAUAAACCAGGUAAUGCAGUAUCAGGAUAUGUAGUGAUCAGUACAAAGGAGGAUAUGUCACAUAGUGGUGUUACAUUGUCGGUGGAGGGAAGUGUACAGCUUCAACUGAGCUCAAAGAGUGUUGGUCUGUUUGAGGCAUUCUACAACUCGCUCAAACCAAUCACAAUGCUUCACUAUACAUUCAACGUUGCACCAAGUGGCAAGUUCACGUCAGGUGUCACAGAGAUACCAUUCGAGUUCAACUUGGAGCCAUUGCCAGGUCAGACACUAUACGAUACCUAUCACGGUGUCUUUGUCAACAUACAGUACACCAUCAAGUGUGAUAUGAAGAGAGGUAUCCUUUCAAAGGACCUUCAAAAGGCUGUGGAGUUUGUCGUCGAGACACAGACACCAACCCAGUUGCUUGCCAAGGAGACAACACCUGUAAACUUUUUGAUCACUCCAGACUCUUUGUCAAACUUUAAGAAGAUAUCCAAAGCAGAUGUACCCAACUUUAGAGUAUCUGGACAGCUCAAAUCAGCCAUUUGUCACAUCAAUGACGCAUUCCAAGGCUAUCUGUUGAUUGAGUCGGCAGAGGCAGUCAUCAGAUCAAUCGAGUUACAACUUGUUCGUGUAGAGACAUGUGGAUGUGCUGAUGGUUUCGCCAAAGAGUUGACAGAGAUACAGAACAUACAGAUUGGAGAAGGUGAUAUGUGCAGAGGAUUGAAGAUUCCAAUUUGGAUGGUGUUCCCAAGACUGUUCACAUGUAUCACUACAGCUGCCCGCACAUUUAAGAUUGAGUUUGAGGUCAAUCUCGUUAUUAUGUUGGAUGACGGUCAUUUGAUCACAGAGAAUUUCCCAAUCAAGUUGAUCAGGAAUUGA